AUGCAGUCAGCUAAGUUACUUAAUUUGGUAAAAGCUGUGAGCAAUGAAUUUGCAAGAGCCUCUAACACCAAGUUGGAAUAUGCAAGAGCAACUGUACUAGGCAUAAAGUGCGAGUUAAAAACUAAGGACUUAGGAAUAAAUGCUUGUAACUCACCAAUGGUCAGUGCAAAAGAAAAGAAAGAAGAGCAGAAGCAGGAAGGGCAUGAAGAAAAUAUGACAGAGGAGUUGGGGCUUGAACGAGUAGACAUUGUUAGUGUCUUUCACCAGAAGAGUGAGACAUACAUUGACUGGAAUGAUGAAGAGCCUGUCAUGUUCACUGCAAAUUCAAUGAAAUUCCUGAAAACUCUCAACAACAAUGACACAGUCAUCUGCAUAGAUGGAAGUCAGCUGUUCUCAGCCAAUCAGAAGCUAGGAACACUGACUAUGUUUGGAGCAUAUAAAGACUCACUUGCAUUGCUAGUACUUUUGCCUAAGCAACCUCCCAAGUUUGUAUCUGAUGGAAGCAGGCUUAUCCAGAAAUACUUAGACAAGAUGAAUAUCAACUCUAAGGAAUUUCUCUGGCCAGAAAAAGAGAAGUUAUUUAAGCACAUCCUUCAAAUUCACGGGAAUGCUUUGAUCUCUGACUGA